CACCAGUAGAGAGCCGCAACGUGACCUCUGCCCCCUCUAACAUGGCGUCGCUGUGAGCGUGCGGCCUUGCUGCAGCCGCCGAGACCCUGCCACGGGCUCGUGGGCACCUGCUUUGGCCGCAGCGAGUCCGACUGCUCUCGGAGCCGUCGCGGCCCCACGGCUGUGCGUGCGCGGCAGGGGGCGCGAUGCUGAGAGGCCUGAGCAGCGCGGUGCGCCGCGGGCCGAAGUUGUAUGCUGGACGUUUUCUCCACAUCACUGCCAGGAUUUGCUUAAAUGCUACUGUUAAUCAGGAUGUCCAAAUCCCUGAAGAGAAACCCCUGGCAAUUUUCCGUACUAGUGAAAGCGACCCGGCCAACCAUACAGAGCAACAUGACUGUCAGCACUAUAGCAUCCCACUAGAGGAGGUGAAGGUGGUGUUUCCCCAUGGACUGUCCCCCCGGUUCAAAGAGCAGAUUGGGACCUUCAGAGAAGCCUGUCUGAUGGUGCGGAAACCAGCUCUAGAGCUUCUCGGUUACCUAAAAAGCACUAACUUUGCCCAGCCAGCCAUCAGAUAUGUCCUCUAUGGAGAGGGGGGAACUGGAAAAACAAUGACGCUGUGCCAUGCUGUUCAUUACUGUGCAAAGCAGGGCUGGCUGGUGCUUCACAUUCCAGAUGCUCAUCUCUUGGUAAAGAACUGUAGGGAGCUUCUGCAGUCUUCCUAUAAAAAAGAACGGUUUGACCAACCUUUGCAAGCAUCUUCCUGGCUCAAGAAUUUCAAAACUUCAAAUGAACACUUACUGAGAGAGAUAAAAACACAACAAAAAUACAUGUGGAACAAGUGGGAUAGCACUGAAGAAGGCACACCACUGAGUGAAAUGUUAGAACAGGGUAUAACUCGAGUGAAGUCUGCCACUGAUGUUAUGGGGGUUGUGCUUAAAGAGUUAAAGAGGCAGAGUUCCCUUGGUUCAUUUAAACUUCUGGUGGCAGUGGAUGGAGUCAAUGCCCUCUGGGGAAGGACAGCACUGAGGAAGAGAGACAAAACCUUUGUUUCUCCAGAGGAAUUGGCCCUGGUCCACAACCUGAGGAAGAUGGUGAUGAAUGACUGGAGUGGAGGUGCCAUUGUGACUGCUGUUUGCCAGACAGGCUCCGUCUUCAAACCACACACUGCUUAUUUACCCCAUGAGCUGCUGGGAAAUGAGGGCUUCAGUACCUUGGAACCGUUCCUUCCCAUCCAGGUUGCCAAGUACAAUGAAAAGGAAUUUGAGAGCUGUUACCAGUAUUAUCUGGACAGCAAGUGGCUUCAACAUGAAAAAGCGCGGACGCCGGACGGGAGAGCGGAGCUGCUGUUCUUGAGCGACGCCAACCCCGCGCGGCUGGAGCGGCUGGGGGGGGGCCCGGGGGGGGGGGGGGGGGGGGCCGGGCGCGCCCCCGAGCCCCGCGCGCCGCGCCUCGUGCUGCUGGACCUGCGAGGCAGCCUGGACAGCUUGCGGCGCGACAGCAGCUCAUCGCGGGACGCCGGGAGCGACGACGCCGUGGCCUGGCACGGCAGCACGACGCGGCACCAGGGGCCUCCUGCUCAGGACGUGGCCCCGCGGGGUCUCGGCGGACAGGAAAACACAUCUUCUGAUGGAGACACUGGUCUUGGAGCGCUUCCUCUGGAUAAAGAUGCUUCCCAGAACGCUUGCCAUCUGGAGGGCAGAGGACAAGUUUGGUCCGAUUACCUUAGAGUGCACUUACAUCCUAGGAGCAUCUUUGAGAUACAGCGGUACAAUCACGAUGGGGAUUCCAAUCGCCUGGAAGCCUUUGGGCAGGGUGAAAGUCUCCUGAGUGAGCCCACGUACCUAGAAGAGUUGGAAGAUAAACUGCACUUCUUUAUAGAGGAGUGUGAUUAUCUGCAGGGUUUUCAGAUUCUCUGCGACAUGCAUGAUGGAUUCUCGGGGGUUGGAGCCAAAGUGACUGAACUGCUCUGCGAUGAAUAUUCAGGGAGAGGAAUCCUGUCCUGGGGGUUAACACCAAUAAUUUCUAAUACUGGAGAUCCCUGCAAGGAUUUUUACAGGCUUAUGAACACAGUGUUGGGAACUGUCCACGUCUCCAGUCACAGCUCGCUCUUUUGCCCCCUGUCACUCAAUGGAAGCCUGGGCCUCAGGCCACAAGCGCCCAUUACGUUACCAUACAUACAUUAUGAUGCCUCUCUAAGCUAUCACAGCAGUGCAAUCUUGGCAGCAGCACUGGAGACCAUGACUGUUCCCUACAGACUCCAUACUUCUCAGCUCUCCAUGAUGCAGCUCGCAGAAGCACUGAACUUCUCUGGGAGAAAGGUGGUGGCUGCAGGGGCUGCGGUACCCUUUUCUCUAUCACAUGGUCAUUCUCUGCCAGAUGCUUUGUGCAGCUAUCAGCAUGCAGUGCCAUGGAAACCUUUGUCUUCAUGUGGGGAGCAAAAGGACAGUUUCUGUUUUGCUCAAUCUGUUGUGCUGAGAGGAAUUGGCAAAGAGAAUCACAUCAGUAAUUUUCCUCCUGGGACACAACCUAGUUCUGCCCUCCACGUUUAUGAAACUGGAGAGGAGGUUCUGGGAAACUACUUAAAUAUGCUGUCCCCUGGAACAUUAAGCAUUUCACAUUUGCUCCAGAGCCCAUGUAAAGUGCAGUCCCCAUAUCCCCAGUUUUUUUCCCCUCUUCUGAACAAACAAGGUUUUCUCCUGGACAAGCCUCGCUCCCAUUCAGCAGUUGUUGAAAGUAUUCCUGUACUAACAGCACUGCAGUCCUCACCUGUUCUGCAUACAGCACUCUACAAUUUAUACAAGGAACUACAGAAAGUAGAUGUGCGGCGCUGGGCUAGCUUUUUUGCUGCAGGAGUUGAACUUGAUGACUUUCAGGAAGCCCUGCAUGAAUUAAGAACUCUAUCCCAAUGCUAUAAAAGAAAUUCGGAGCCAGAUGAGUCAGAGGAUGAAGCUGACUCAGACUAACACCAAGCUGGGGAAGACAGUAGUGUCAAAUUAAUAUAACCACUAACGAACAGCUUUCUGAAAAGAACUAGUCUGUGAGGCCAAAGUUCUAUUACAGUAAUAAAGGGGGGCUUACAAUCUGUUCAACAACCUUUAAUUCCGGUGUAAAGGAGAGAACCUUCAUACAAGUACCAGUCUUUUUCUGCUUGAAGUUGAUAUGGGGUUCUUCAAGCUUGUACUUGCACAGAUACUGCCACUUUAUCGUCACAGAAUAGGAGGUUAAGUUAUGCUUUAAAGUAUGUUGAAACUCACAAUAAAUAUGGGGUUUUUUUGUUUA